CGAUGUGGCAUAAUGUGUAAAACUCUAUGCACUCACCUUACGCCUUACUAUGGAGUUCUUGCAGUAGCGCGUGUUGUUCAUCGGUUCCAUUCGUUUUUUAAAAAAGUAAAAAAGACAAUAAUAAUUUGUCCCUAACCAUCAUGCUGUUAGUGUCGAUUAUCUCGUUCUUUUUAGCGUCGGCUUCGCUGUUUUCACGUUCAACCGGGGCAGGCUUACGGGUCUUAGCCGUGAAUACGAUACCUGCCAAAAGUCAUUGGAAUUUCAUGAGAGGAUUUUUGCAUUCGCUGACCGACGCCGGUCAUAACGUCACGGUUUUCACUUGGUUUCCAGAAAGCGAACGACGAAACUACACAGAAAUCAUUUUUACGGGAUCGAGGCAUUUGGAAAAGGAUUUGCUUGAAUUUAUAGAGUUUCUAAGACCUCCGAACAAUCUAAUCGACACAAUGGUAAACGUUAACAGAGAACAAUGCGAUGUUGUAUUUUCAAAUUCCAACAUGAAAGCCAUCAUGGCUGCGAGCAAUACCGACGAGUUCGAUGUCGUCGUCACCGAAACAGUAGCUUCAGACUGUAUGUCACAUUUGGUCCAUCGUCUCCGCCUACCUCUAAUUUACCUCUUUCCUUCGCCAAUAAUAACUUUCUUAGAGUCGUCGCUGCUGGGACAACAACCUAACCCCGCUUACGUGUCGAAUUUUAUGUUGUAUUUUGGCUACCCAAAGUCAUUCCAACAACGAUUGCUAAAUUUUCUCACCUACAACUACAGUAAAAUUAUGUUUUGGUAUUUUGAAACCAGAGCCGUUAAGUCCAACCCCAAACCGUACGACUAUAUACAACCGGUCGUACCGUCCUUGGUGUUUGCAAACACUCAUUUCAUCGUCGAACCGGCCAGACCCAUGCCACCCAAUUUCAUAGAAAUCGGCGGCAUUCACCUCCCCGAACCAAACGCAAUACCGAAUGACAUACGAGAGUUCAUUGAAAAUUCACCAAAUGGAGUUAUUUACUUCACGUAUGGAUCGACAAUAAAAAUGUCAUCAUUUCCAGACCACAUUAAAACCGCAUUUAAACUAGCUCUUGCGCGCCUCCCCCAGAGGAUACUGUGGAAAUAUGAGAGCGAAAUGGAAGACAAACCGGACAACGUGAUGACGAAAAAGUGGUUCCCUCAACGCGAUAUUCUCUUGCACCCGAAUGUCAAGCUGUUUAUCGGUCACGGUGGAAUAUCUGGCUUGUUUGAAGCUGUCGAUGCCGGAGUUCCGAUGUUAGGGUUUCCACUUGUCUACGAUCAACCGAGAAACAUUGCCAAUCUGGUCGACGCCGGAAUGGCCAUUGCACUCGACGUGAUGACCGUCACCGAAUCUCAGAUAUUCGAAUCGAUUAAUAAAUUAAUCAACGAUAAAAAGUAUUCGUCUAACGCCAAACUAGCUUCCAAGCGUUUCAAGGAUCGCCCAAUGUCACCUGCUAAAUCAGCUGCUUACUGGACGGAAUACAUUGUACGACAUAAUGGUGCACCACAUCUUAAGACAAAAGCGUUUGAUCUCACGUGGUACGAAUACUACCUUCUAGACAUACUAUCUCUGAUACUCGUCACGUUUUCGGUCAUUGGCUAUAUUCUCUAUAAAUGUUUAACUGUUAUAUGUAAACAAUUUUUUUCAAGUUAAAGAUCAAAACUGAGUAAAAUUUGUAUAAUUGUUCUUUUUGGUUGUAAAAAAGAUUUAAUGUGUUUCGUCUACACCAAUAAUAAUUACUCCCAACGAUCAAACUUCUUCGAGGGAAAAUAAAAGUUAUAUUUUCUUAUUUUUCUACUUACUAUGUAAAGAAUAUCUUAUAUAAUUUUGGUGUUAACUUUUUUUUUUAAA